AUGUUCCGUUGCUUCUGGACCCCCACGCAUCCAAGAUACUUCAUAUUCGUGGAAUACGUUUGCGGACGCUUUUGCCAACAGGCACAUAGUACAUCAGCCAACCAAGAGCGGACCCACCGAGCUGUGUGCAUCGCUGUUCAGGUAACCAGAGGCGGAAUUAUUCAGCGUUUAUUGGACACGGCAAGUCGCGGAAACAGCUGCACACAUGAAACAGUGGCCAAACUUUGGAAGCUGAACGCGACUAAAAACAAGCGCUUCUGCUCCGAAACGCGUGAAUGGCGGCUAGGUCACGCAACGUUGUCAGCGGAUUGGAGUUUGUACAGGCCGGGAGCUUUGGGACAGUGUUUGCAUAAUUCAGGGCACAUACCACAAGUUCACAGUGAAGCCGAAUACUGGAAACGCAUCCGCAUAAUAGGGCCUCGUUAUCAGAAUGCCUUGAGGCGUCCUAUAAACACGAAUGACUUUGGUAACGAAUUCUUCUUAGAUGUUCAUCCGCUGCAUAUGACAAUGCGGCUGGACCAAAAUCUUAAAAAUAAUCCCUGCCUGGAGCCUACCCAGAUGAAAUAUGUGCACCUUAACCUACACAGUCUGGAUGCCAUUCAGUUGGAUUCAUCCACUAACGAGGCUCUAAAACCUGGCGGACCGAUGAUGGUUGGCAAAUACGCCAAUGUUCAUUGA